AUUCGUACUCGGGUUUCUUCUCGGUGGUGAUAAUUGUGUUUUGUCUCUAUCUCUCCCUCCCGUCUGCCAGUAGUGUAGUGUCCGAUGCUGCGCCGAUGAUUAAUCGGAACCGUUUAGAAGAAAAUCGUGAAUUUUUCUUUCGUUUUUUCUUAUUUGUAAAACAUUCUCCGUCGCCGUUUGGGUCUAUGUGUACGAAAAAAGUGAAUUGAACUGUGGAAAAAAUAAAUACCUACAUACAAAUAAGCGAAAUCACAUCGGAUUUGUGCGAUUAUUAAUAAGCUCCAGCAAACAGUGAAUGUGAUAAGAAGAGCAAAACCACGUGGGGAAAGAAAACUGGCAAAACGAGAAAAAAAGUGCAUACAUAAGAAGGAGAGAGCAAGCAGUACCCGUGCAGUCGUAGCAGAAAUCCGAUAAAUUAUCUGCGUGAUUUAGGGAAGCUGCGGGAAAGCGAGUUGAAGUGUGUGUUGUUUUUUUUUCUGCUUACUCGUACCAACUAGUGUUCCAGUCGGAAUACAGUUGCGGGUUUUAGGGCCCCCCUCUUGGUACAGGUUAUUGUUGGUUUUGUUGUUAGUGUUGUUUGUUGCUGCACCGGUUAGUGGUCUGUGGUGGAAUUCUUGACAAAAGGAUUUCUGCCUGCCGGAGCCGCCGACGACGCUUGGUUUGGUAGCGGAAAGGAGGGUGCUGUCUGGAGAACAACAUUCGACAACAUGGAAGCAGUAGCCAAGCACGACUUUAAUGCCACAGCCGACGAUGAGCUGAGUUUCCGGAAGAACCAGGUUUUAAAGAUUCUAAAUAUGGAAGACGAUAUGAACUGGUAUCGAGCGGAGCUGGACGGGAAAGAAGGACUGAUACCAAGCAAUUACAUAGAAAUGAAAAAUCACGAUUGGUACUACGGUCGCAUCACCCGAGCGGACGCCGAGAAACUCCUAUCCAACAAACACGAGGGUGCAUUCCUGAUACGUAUCAGCGAGUCCAGUCCGGGCGAUUUCAGCCUCUCGGUCAAGUGCUCCGAUGGGGUGCAACACUUCAAAGUACUCCGCGAUGCACAGGGCAAAUUUUUCCUCUGGGUGGUCAAAUUCAGCUCCCUGAACGAACUCGUCGACUACCAUCGGACCGCCAGCGUAUCCCGCUCGCAGGAGGUCAAACUGCGCGACAUGGUGCCGGAGGAGAUGCUGGUGCAGGCGUUGUACGAUUUUGUCGCGCAGGAAUCGGGCGAGCUGGACUUCCGACGAGGGGACGUCAUCACCGUCACCGAUCGCUCCGAUGAGCACUGGUGGAACGGCGAGAUCGGCAACAGGAAAGGUCUAUUCCCAGCAAUAUACGUAGCGCCCUACCAUUCAUAAGAUAUAAGAAUAUUAUUAUUUUUUGCUAUAUAAAUAUUAUAUAUUUUUAAUGUUUAACUGAAACACAAAAACAAAAAGUGGCAAAAAACUAACACAAAAAAAAUAAAAAGAUCCAAUCACGAGGCAGGGUGGGAUAGAACCCGUGGAAGCCCUGCCAGAAGCCAAUAAAACGCGAUACGGCGAACAGAGUGGGCGCGCGUGCGAAAGCGAAGAAGGAUGCGAAGCGUCUGGAUGGGCGCAGUGUUUUGUAAGAAUGAUGUAAAUUGUCGAUAUAAAUAUAUGAGGAACAACUAAAUUCCCCGGUCAGUACAGUGAGUACGGAAACAGAACAGACACACACGCAGUAACCAGCGACCGAGAGAGUGCGGGGACAAAAUCUAAACUAUACGUGGAAUCAAAAGAAAUCAAAUUCAGGUGUUUAUCGAUUAGGUUGAAUAACUUUUCACAGUUUUUUUAGACGAUAGCGAAGAACACCCAAAAGAAAAAAAAGAAAGCAAGAAUUGAAUAACAACAACAAAGUAAAAACACCACUAUAAAGUUUACCUAGUUGCAACCAAGCGUACCGAAGAUAAUCGAAAGAUGUUUUGCGGAUGCACAGUAACGAAUAAAGUGAAACACUAAUGUUUAUAGUUUUUCUUGUUUUUAUGUCGUAAAACUCAUUUUUGGAGCGACUAUGUUUCAACGUUCUCGUUUUAUUUUUCUUUGUAAUUAUUUAAUAUAGACGCGUUUAGGUCUUUCUAUUGAGCGUAACAUAAACUAUGUAGAAACAAAUAUUGUCUAAUUUCUUCUUUCCCGCAAAAAAUACGCCGUUUUUGUCAUUAUGUGUAAUAGCUUGUAAGUGUAAACAGUCACACAAACAAACAAAAAAAAAAGAGAUGUAGACCUUCGACCCAUACACAAUCUCCGUUUUCCAUUUUUUUACAUUACAACGGAAGUCGUUUUUACAAUCCUUGCAGCAACUAAAGCAGUAGUAUCUUAACACUUUAUACGCUAGAAGAAAAACGGAAAAACACAGACACACGAAUAGAAACGAUUAUUAUUAAACGAAGCAAGAAAACAAUAAUUUGUAAACUGGACAGGUAAAACAUCCCCCUAUCUACUAGUGCAUUUUAAGUGGACUAGAGAAGAUUAUGUAAUAUCCUCAAACAGAAUAAACACAAGCCAUUUUUAAGUGCAGUGCUGUAAAGUACCAUUUUGCAUGAAGAGAGAACCAACAUAAAAGCACUAAAAUGCUGUAACAACCGAGUAAGGCGGUAUGAACCUCAAGCAGGUGCUUAUCAUUUUCUUUCUUGUUGGAAGAAGAAGCUCACUUCGCACACAAGGGUCCUUCCUGUGUUUAGCAUUAUCGUAUAAUAUGUGGGUGUAUGUGUUUUUUGCACAUGAAAGAAACUAUUCAUUAGCUCAUUUCACUCAACGCUGCUGCUUCCGGUGCAGAAAGCAGGAAGAAGAGAAGUAGGCACGAGAAAAAAUAAUUUUCCACCAAUUGACGGUGGAUGGAACAUUACCCAGGUUACUCCCGCCAGAACAGUGGUGUAUAAGGAUGCAGCAAAUAUAUUGCAACACGAAUAUGUUCUCUCUAUCCAAGUAGGAAGAAAUGUAAAAGUGAGAUAAUUAGAAACGUAGUAAUAAAACAUACAACCUGCAGACAACUAUUACUAUACAUUGAUAAGAUUAUUGAACAAAACAAAAAAUAAGACAAAACACACACACAAACACUUUAAAACACCUUUACAAUAGCAACAAGAAGCAGAAACAUGAAUGAAUAAAUGCUAGCAAUUAUUGAAAUAAAAAUAAUAUUACGAAUAAAAACGAAUGCGAUUAAUGGAUAUUA